AUGGAUACAGAUUUCAUAUAUCCUAGACAAUACGUCCAGUCACAUCUUGCAUUUCAUAUCAUUUACUAUGCACUUGUGCCUGCUAUUUCCUUUUUCGGAAAUCUGUUUACAUUCAUAAUCGUGUGUAAAAUAUCUAAAUACCGGAAGAGUGUACAGGAUUCACUUGUCGGUGCCUUGGCUCUCAACGAUGUUUUAACAGCAAUAAUUGUCAUGCUACCUUCUUUAAUUGCUGAAAUAUGGGGAAGAUAUUUUGGAAGUAAAAUAUUUUGUGAAUUCAGUGCGGUGACAGUUGUUUGGUACAUUUAUACCACAUUCGCUAUCAUAGUGUUAAUUAGUGUUGAAAGAUGGAUUGCUAUAUCAAAGCCAUUCCUUUAUAAGCGUAUGGCCAUAACGCCUACAUUCAUGAAAGGUGUAGUAGGUUGCUUGGGAUGUUUCUGUCUGCUGUUGGCUUCCAUCCCACUUUUCAUAUACCCAGUAACGCUUAAAUCGGGGUGGUACUGCAGUAUGGUAACGUUUGAGACUACCAAUAUAACUUUCAAUGGCACUACAACUUUUGAAGUUACAGAAAUUCCGGUUAACGAAGUAUUGUUCAUCAAAAUUGCCUUCCUGACCGUUGGCAUUACAUUGCUAUUAUCUUGUAAUAUCAGUAUAGCCUAUCAGCUUACCAGGAAGAAAUCAUUUGAUCUCCGUUCUAAUAGACUUGAGAGGAAAUUCGCAAAACUAAUGUGGGUUGUUGCUAUAUGUUUUCUGUUGACAUGGUUACCUAAUUUGUUUGCAAGAUUUGCUUGUGCUCAGGGUUCAGGGAAAUGUGAAAUAGUAAAGUUUUAUGCCAUGAAAGUUGUAAUGGCUGGAUGUGCAGUUAAUCCAUUAGUCUAUGGUGUGAUGAAAAAAACCUAUCGAAGAGGUUAUAUUUAUCUCACAAGAAUGACCCUCCACUACUCUACGUUUACCUUAAUUCCUGCUCCGAAAUACGGAGAAGAAAUUUUUGAUCUACGAGAAGGAAUUCGUGUCAAUGCUGGAAGUUCUUCAGGUACGCGAGCGUCGACAUCGGUGAGUGCUGCUUAA